AUGUCGUACACAAUAGAGGCGGCGUCACAACAAAAUCCACCAUUAUCACAUAGGUUUGUUCUUCACCGCGUUCUGAAGACUCUGGACCACAGCCGCAGUCUGGAUGUGCGCAUGCGGCGACUGCCCCCCGAGGAGGCGGUGGAGCUGUACUACCGCACCCUGCUGGGGCCUAAUUGGCGGGAGCAAUUUCAGGAGGACUGGGACAAGGCAGUCAAGGACGUCGACGAUGGCCUGGUCACAGACGAAGUCAACCAGGAGAAGCGCCGCAUGACGGCCGCGCAGCUUCGGCGUAUGGAGGUGGAGGAGUGGGACAAGCAGCGCAUGAAGAACUUUUACCUGGCGUCCUUUGGCGGCCUGCGCUGGUUCGAUCAGAUGGAGGCAGCGCUGCACAACCCGCUGUUCAUCGAGUCUCGCGGCUGGACGGACCCCGUGCAGAACUGGGUGGGCGAGAACCGGACCUACGACAACGACCUCGCGGGCGGAAAGUACGUUUCGGAUGUGGGCCAGCUGGCGCUACGUCUUAAGGAGGCAGAGCUGGGCCGCCGCCUCAACGACCGGGAACGUGCCCGCGUGUUGUUGUGUGGCGCGGAGCUGACAGGGGGUGUGGGUAGAGGUGGAGGCGUAAAGGGCUCGGACCUGGCGGCCGCGGCGCUGGAGGCGGGCGGUAUGUUGGGGCCGAACCUGGCUAAGAGCUGA